AUGGGAAGUGAGCAAAAAUUUCUUACCAGAAUUCUCUUCCUCGUUUUGGUGGCAUUCGAAACCACAGGGCUUCGACUGAAGCUCAUCCCUUGGAACUCCCCCGAUUCGCCUCUGUACCGUGAAAGUCUCGCCCCGAUUCAAAAUUAUCAAACAGCCAACACUUCUUCCCACCAGUUAGAAACCACUAAUCAUUCAAAUUCUGCAACGAAUUUUGAUGGAAUGAAAUUUGCGUUAGAGCACCAGAAGAACUACCGUUACUCGGUGAACGUCAAAAUCGGCUCUCCAGGCACUGAUGUGAAACUGCUGGUCGACACUGGCAGCGGCUACAUUUGGGCUAAAUGCGCUUCGAAACCGUACAAGAAACUGCCGUGCGACCAUCGACUCUGCGCUAGAAAGAUUUGCAAAUGCGUCAAGAGCCAGUGCGUCUGCAGCAUCGCCUAUGGAUCAGCAGGUGUAAAGUACAAACUAGAAGGUGUUAUUGGUAAAUUCCAUAUCCCCGGUUCUGAAAUAUCCAAACCGGAUAUGGUUUUCGGUUGCUCGAAAGAGCAGCCCCUCAAUCUCUCCGGAAUCCUAGGAUUGGACAGGUCACCAGUUUCUCUAGUAAAACAGCUGAGCAAAGAAACCGACGGCCGGUUUUCUUACUGCCUGCACAAUGGAGAUAGCUACCUUACAUUAGGCAAAGACAUUUCAGAAAGUCGAAAAAAGGUAAAAACUACUCCUUUCAUACACACUGAUUAUUCGACGUAUUUAUUGAAUUUGACAGACAUAAGUGUCGACGGGAAGAAACUCGGACUGUCUCCGACCCUGUUUACACUGAAAAACGGAGGUGUUUUCGUGGAUACGGGGGUUCGUUAUACCAUUCUUCCUAAACAAGCAUACGAUAAGGUGAACCAAAAGUUUGAAGAUCACUUCAAACUCAAAGGCAAACUGAAAAAGAUUAACGGGAAGUACUGGGAUUUGAAGCCUUGCUACAGGCUGACACCCGGUUUCAACGACUUUCCGACAAUGACUUUUCAUUUCCAAGGGGCUGACUUUGAAUCGGAGUACACACAUGUGAUAGACAGAAGAAUAGGUGUUGCGUGCACAGCAGUGGUUUUGGGGAGAAGUACUGUAAUCGGGGCACUACAGCAGUGGAACACGAGGUUCGUGUUUGAUAUCAAUAAGAAUGUGCUCAACUUUCACAAGGAUGAUUGCGCUGGUUAA